CAGAUUUUCUGGCCAGCAUCAACAGCCAAGGUUGAUGAGUGCAAAAUGGCUGGCAAGGACCCUACACACGGUUGCGGCAAUUUUGUCCGGGUGAUACAGAUGUUCAACCGCACCCAUCUGUAUGUUUGUGGGAGUGGAGCGUUUAGUCCCGUCUGCACGUACCUCAACCGAGGACGGAGAUCUGAAGAGCAGGUUUUCCAAAUUGAUUCCAAGUGUGAAUCGGGGAAAGGACGUUGCUCUUUCAAUCCCAGUGCCAACACAGUCUCUGUUAUGAUCAACCAAGAGUUAUUUUCAGCCAUGUAUAUUGAUUUCAUGGGCACCGACGCGGCCAUUUUCCGCAGCUUAACCAGGCGGAAUGCAGUGAGGACCGAUCAACACAACUCUAAAUGGCUAAGUGAGCCCACUUUUGUCGAUGCCCACCUCAUCCCAGAUGGCACCCACCCCAACGAUGCUAAAGUGUACUUCUUCUUCAAAGAGAAGUUGAUGGACAACAGUGGUACCACCAAACAAAUCCACUCCAUGAUUGCCAGAAUAUGCCCCAACGACACGGGUGGACAACGGAGUCUUGUCAACAAAUGGACCACCUAUUUGAAAGCCAGAUUGGUGUGUUCGGUCAUGGAUGAGGAUGGCACCGAGACCUAUUUUGAUGAAUUAGAGGAUGUUUUUCUACUAGAAACAGAGAACCCCAGAACAACACGUAUAUAUGGCAUUUUCACCACUUCCAGUUCAGUAUUUAAAGGCUCGGCAGUUUGCGUCUAUCACUUAUCCGACAUUCAGCGAGUGUUCAACGGACCGUUUGCCCACAAGGAAGGACCCAACCAUCAACUGAUUCCCUAUCAAGGAAGAAUUCCUUAUCCACGACCAGGGACUUGUCCUGGAGGAGCCUUCACGCCCAACGUUCGGACCACCAAGGAGUUUCCAGACGAUGUGGUCACCUUCAUCAGGAACCAUCCCUUGAUGUUUAAUUCCAUCUAUCCAAUUCAUAAGAGGCCGUUAAUUAUCCGGACAGGCACAGAUUACAAGUAUACAAAGAUAGCAGUUGAUCGUGUCAGUGCUACAGAUGGAACAUAUCAUGUCUUGUUUCUUGGGACAGACCAGGGGACGGUGCAGAAGGUGGUGGCACUACCCUCUAACUCAUCGGCAAAUGGAGAGCUGAUCUUGGAAGAACUGGAAGUGUUUAAGAAUAAUGCCCCGAUAACAACAAUGGCCAUUUCAUCUAAAAAGCAACAGUUGUACGUGAGCUCCGAUGAAGGCGUCACCCAGGUGUCUUUGCACCGUUGCCACAUCUAUGGGACCGCCUGUGCGGACUGCUGUCUGGCCAGAGACCCUUACUGUGCCUGGGAUGGCAAUUCCUGCUCCAGAUUUUAUCCAACGAGCAAAAGGCGGAAUCGAAGACAAGACGUGAGACAUGGAAACCCUAUGACUCAGUGCCGGGGAUUUAACCUCAAAGGUUAUCGAAAUGCAGCUGAGGUCAUCCAAUAUGGAGUCAAGAACAACACCACAUUCCUUGAGUGCACACCUAAAUCUCCACAAGCUUCUAUUAAAUGGCUUCUCCAAAAGGACAAUGACCGAAGGAAAGAGGUGAAACUCAGUGAAAGAAUCCUAGCCACUCAACAAGGGCUUUUAAUCCGUCUGGUGCAGGAAGCUGACCGUGGAACAUACCACUGCAUUGCCACAGAAAACGGCUUCAAGCAGACAAUUGCCAAGGUGAACUUCAAGGUUUUGGAUUCAGACACCGUGGCCUUCAUGACAGACAAGUGGUCUCCAUGGACCUGGGCCAGUCCACUCCACACCUUGCAGUUCCACCCAAAGGACCUGGCUGGAUCUUUCAGCCACUCUGAACUGCAGAUGAUUAAUCAAUAUUGCAAAGACACACGGCAACUGGGUCAACAGGCUGACGCUUCCACAAAGAUGAGAGGGGACUAUGGCAAACUAAAGGCUCUUCUCAACAGCCGAAAAAGCAGGAACCGCAGGAAUCAGUGGCCCGGAUCUUAAGGGCCAAGCUUGAUCAACAAACUUCUUCUUCAUCAUCAUCACCACUGCCAUCUUGUACCCUCAAUCAAGGGAUUCAUUUUUAUCAGGUGGUUUUCUUUCCUUGCUGAGAGUAGAGCGGAUCAGUAAUCAAGCCCGCUCGAUAAAAGUUCAGGACACCCAGACUCUCUAAGCUAAAACCAGACAAUUAAGACCAAGUCCAAAAAGAUGUCCAUUGUGAAGUAACCUAUUGAUCCCGCCUUGCUUUCACACUCUAAGCCUUCAGAGAGGGUGUUCCACCAUGUUUUGAGGUCAUCUUUGUUUUCUUGAUACGGAAAACAAAUGAUGAAGCACUGAAUGUCCAGCUUGCAAGGUGGGAGGAAAGAGGGUUAGGACAAAGAGUGACUUUGUCAUCUACAUAUAUGAUUUUGUGUGUGUCUGUGUGAUUCUUUGUUUACGGUACGUUGUGUUGAAAAACAAGCUCUUGUGGAGGCACAACUUCAAGUCAAUGUCCUGCAUUAAUGUCACAGAAAGAUCAUGCUGAUUAGGAAUUAUGGGACAACACAGUUGGGGAAGGAGGACUGGGGUAGGCUAAUAGCACCACUGCUGUGGCAUCUACCAUGUUCAGUUAGCCAAAAUCAUGAGUAUUCAAUUUCCAUUGUGUAUUUGUAUAAAAUGGAACCUCAAAAAAGAUACAUACAUGCAGUCCAAAACUACUAAGCCCAUAAAAUCAAGUGAAGGAGAAAAGUAAUAUGAGAAUAAAUAUUUUCUGGAAGUUGCAAUAAUUUAUUUUAUUACAUAUUUCACCUGUAAUACAAUGGUGCGUACAGAAGCCACAGUGAAUAGAGUUAAUAAUAGGUUGAUAGAUUUACAUCAGUCAUUUGAACUCAUUGAGAAUUUGAAAAUGUCUUAAAUUGAAUCUGAAAAAAAA